UUCACCUACUGCUCUUUGUUUUUUCUUAUGAAAUUCCCUCACUUUCCAUUUUUUCACAAAAAAAUCCAAUCUUUCUCUCAAUUUCACAAACUAUUAUUUUCUUCACAACCCAAAAAAUGGAACUCAAAUCUUAUAAUCACUCACCCAACUUUAAUCCUAAUAGAAUCUUGCAAUUCAAUGUUACAAAUAAAGCAAAUUCAAGCCAGUAUGAUACACACUGGCAUAAUUUCACAUAUUUUCCCUAUAAGUAGACUCAUAUCCUUUUGCGCUUUGGAUGUUAAUGGUGAUAUACACUAUGCACAUAAGUUGUUUGAUGAAAUGUCUGAACCAAAUGUGUAUAUUUGGAAUACUAUGGUUAGGGGUUAUGUUAAAAAUCAGUUCUUUGAUUUGGGUUUUUGUUUUUUUAGGAGAAUGGUAAGGGAAAAUGUUGAAAUGGAUAAAAGAAGUUAUGUUUUUGUUUUGAAAGGGUGUAGGGUAGGGGUGGGGGUGGGGGUGGGGGUGGGUGGGUCAGUGCAUUGUAGGAUUUGGAAAGUUGGGUUUUUGAGUGAAUUGAUUGUGAGGAAUGGUUUGAUUCAUUUUUAUGGUGAAAGUGGGAAAAUUGAUGAUGCGCACAAGGUGUUCGAUGAAAGUCCUGAAAGAGAUGUGGUUACUUGGACUAGCUUGAUUGAUGGAUAUGUGAAAAAGAAUAUGGUUGAUGAGGCAUUGGAGUUGUUUGAUUUGAUGUGUUCGAAUGGUGUUGAGUUUAACGACGUUACGUUGAUAACGGUGUUUUUUGCGUGUUCGUUGAAGGGGGAUUUGAGUUUGGGGAAAUCGGUUCAUGAGCUCGUGGAGAAAAGGGGUGUCGAAUGUGGUCUUAAUUUGACGAAUGCCAUAUUGGAUAUGUAUGUGAAGUGUGGUUGUUUGCCUAUGGCUAAAGAGAUUUUCGAUAAGAUGGAAAUAAAAGAUGUCUUUUCUUGGACAAGUAUGAUGCAUGGCUACUCCAAAUAUGGGGAGGUAGACUUGGCAAAGAAGUGUUUUAGCGAAAUGCCCGAGAGAAACGUAGUUUCUUGGAAUGCGAUGAUCGCUUGCUACUCGCAAAAUAAUAGACCUUUGGAGGCCAUUGAACUCUUUCACGAAAUGGAGAAACAAGGUUUAGUUCCUAUGGAGAGCACUUUGGUUUCCGUGCUCUCCGCUUGUGCUCAAUCUAGUUCGUUGGAUUUUGGUCGACGAAUUCAUGAUUAUUAUAUUAAGCAAAAACGGGUUAAGUACAGUGUGAUCCUGGCAAACGCAUUAAUAGACAUGUACGGCAAAUGUGGAAGCGUGGACGAAGCUGUAGAGCUGUUCGACAAAAUGGCACAAAGAGAUUUGGUUUCCUGGAAUUCAGUAAUAGUAGGUUGUGCUUCUCAUGGGCUCGCGAAGAAGGCCCUAACUCUUUUCGAACAAAUGAAAUCCUCGGGAUUCGAGCCAGAUAGCAUCACAUUUGUGGGCGUUCUAUCAGCAUGCGUUCAUGGUGGAUUGGUUAAUCAAGGCUGGGAGUACUUUACGAGCAUGGAGUUAAAUGGAUCCUUUCCCGAGGUGGCUCACUAUGCUUGCAUGGUUGAUUUACUUGGUAGAUCUGGGCAUUUGAAAGAAGCUUAUAAUCUUAUAAAACAAAUGCCAAUGGAACCUGAUAAAGCUGUUUGGGGCGCUUUGCUUAAUGGUUGUCGGAUGCAUGGAAAUGUUGAGCUGGCCAAGGUUGCUGCUGAGAAACUUAUCGAAUUAGAUCCUCAAGAUAGUGGCAUUUACGUGCUUCUUGCAAGUUUGUGUGCUAAUGAACGGAAAUGGGCUGAUGUUAGAAUGGUUAGAAGUUUGAUGAGAGCUAAAGGUGUCAAGAAGAAUCCGGGAUAUAGUUUGAUAGAGGUUGAUGGUAACUUCUAUGAAUUUGUGGCUGCUGAUGACUCACACCCCGAAUCUCAGGCAAUAUAUAAAAUGCUCGAUGAGAUUAUAUUGCUCUCUAAGUUAGAAGUAUAUGUCUCUGAUGCACAAAUUCACUGAUAUAUGGAGGAUAAAUUUAACAUUAUCUACGAACAAUUUGCAGGUAUUGGACACCUUGCUUUAUAAGUACUAGUAAAUGCUGAAUCGCGCAAGAUUUGUUCUCUGAUCUCAGUGAAAAGAGAUCUUCCUACAUUUGAGUUGUCGAUAGGAAUCAGAACAUGAAAGGGCAAGCUUGGACACUGAAAUAAAUUCUCUUACAGUGUUAAAUAUGCACAUAACUUAAAUUCGAUAAUAUGUUACUUGACGAGUACAUUUUUAGUAUCCUUGAAAUGGACCUCAGCUCACCCAUUUUUCUGAAAUCUCAACACUAAAUAUUCUACUUGUCUAUAUUACAUGUCAUGCUAACCUUAACUACCUUUUUCUGACGAACCAUUUUGAUAGUUCUGUCAAGUUAGAAUCGAUUUUCUGAAUCUAUUGUCAGAUAUAUAUUGUUCCAUUUAGUUAACGUAAUACCCUUUGAUGACUCCUCCUCUAGUAAGAGACUCAUAAUUAGGAUUGUACUCAUGAGCUACCCAUUCUUCAUCCGCGGGGUUAUAGCGAUACGUGAAUGUCUCAUCAAACUUCCAUUCACAAGGCGUCGAAUGGCUCACACACUCAUAGCUGGAUUUAAACGCGAUGAAAGUCCCCAUGUUUGUGGAGCAAUUCCACAUUGUUGAAGUGGGGAAGAAAUUUCUGAUUUUGACAGUGAUGUUGAAAGUGCCCAUGGUAUUCAGGUGCCUAACAAUGCCAUCUUCGUCGAAGGAGAAGCAACGGACGCUAAGGUAAUUUGUGUGGUUGUUGGUUAUGACAACUACUUUUUCGUCUGGCAUUCCUGCUGCAACAUUUAUAUUGAUCAUAAACAAGAACAAUAUUGUUGUUGAGGUGAUAGUCGCUACAAUUUUAGCUUCUUGCAUGGUGUAUAUAUGUUCCUUUUCUUCCUCCUGUUUAGUGAUGUUUUUGUAUGAAAUUGGGUUUUGGAAUGGAAUCUUGAAAACG